GCAGUUCAAAGAAUGAGGGGGAUGGAGAGGAGGCGAGGAAGCGUGGGCGUGCAUGGCCAGUGACAGUUACUGCGCCUGCGCACAGGAGGCGGCGGCGGCUGCUGCUGCUCGGGGACUGUCGAAGAAUCAAGUAAAUAGAGAACUUGGAAUCACAACGGUUCGUGACGUCACCUGCUAUGCCAGCGCGAGCCUGAGAGAGGCGGGAACCCGCCGGCGCCCGGAUAGGGAGAGAGCACGGCUGUGUAUGUGUGUCCGCCGCCAUAUGGGCUUGUAUACACUCCAAACCGGGGUACAUCUCUGUCCCGUCAGAGUCGCCUGCUCUCGGCGCACGAAGGGGUUAAGGCCGGAGUUGUUGUGAGCUUUUGGCAGUGUGAAGAGGGGGGCUCCUCUGGUGACUGAGGCCGCAACCAAUCGGCGAGCCGCUCCCCCUCCCCCUCCUCCCCUCCCAGGAGCGGUGCAGCUGAGGAAGGCGAGAGAAGGAUCGCUGCACCGAGAGUGAUUCCUCCUCCUCCUCCCGGGAUCCAGGGCGUAGUGUGCAUGUCUCACGCCGGACUUCGCAUCAGCCAAGGCGGAGGGCGCCGCCGCCGCCCAGCUCCCCGAGGCUGAGUCCCCGCUCUGCGCAGUCACCCCCGGAGUCUCCCGCACGGCCAGCGCCCGCCAGUCUCCCUCGGAUCUGUGUGGAUUGCUCGUUACUGCUAUGUCAUCCGCCACGGUGGCCGCCUCCCGGAGACAGUCCUGCUACCUGUGCGACCUGCCCCGCAUGCCCUGGGCCAUGAUCUGGGACUUCACGGAGCCCGUGUGCCGGGGCUGCGUCAACUACGAAGGCGCCGACCGCAUCGAGUUUGUUAUCGAGACCGCCCGACACCUAAAGAGGGCGCACGGCUUCCAGGAGGGCCGGUCCCCGGGGCCCCCGUCCUCGUCGUCCGCCGCCUCCUCCUCCGUCAAGCCGCAGCUCACCGUGAAGGAGAUGGCGCAGAUAGGGCACACUGUGGGGGCCCCCGAGGGUGUCUCCCGGGCCUCGCAGCCGCCACCGCCGCAGUGCCUGGACCGCUACCCGCUGGUGUCUGAGCGGCCGCCGCCCCGCCUGGGCUCGGAUUACAGCGUUGGGCGCCAGGUGAACGGCCUCCUGCUCCCCAAUGGUUUCCCCAAGCCGGACGACCCCCCGGAGCUGAACCGCCAGAGCCCCAAUUCCCGCAGGACUAGCGCCGUCCCCCCCUCCCUGGGCGCCCUGAUGAAUGGCUCCCCGAUGGGCGGCCGCGCUCCUCCUCUGGGGAUCUCCGCCGCCUCGCUGGUGGCCGCAGCUGCCGCCACGACCUCUGCGGAUAUGGGGAACAAGCGGCCGGGCUCGGUGUCCAGCAGCGAGCACGACGGCAAGGAGAAGCACCGGGCGGACAGUUACUCCGAGCUGGCGGAGAGCCACAAGGGCCGGCCGGAGGAAUGGAUCAACAAGCCCAAGACGGUGCGGGACACCCUGAUGGCCAUGCAGCACAACCACUCGCCCUACGACGCCAAGUUCAAGAAGGAUCCCGGCGCUGGCAGGGCCCUUGGCUUUGAUGCCGGCAACCCUGCACCGAAAUCAGGUGCCCGUGCAGCAAGGAAGCGAAAAACUUCUCCAGAACCAGAGCAGGAAGGAAGUUCAGUUAAGAUGAAUGGAGAAGGGCAGUCAUGGUUGCCAGCAGCAGACUGUCUUAAAAUUUCAACAAUGACUAAUUCAUCAUUUAUGUCUCCACCUUCUACUGUAUCCCCUCAUUCCAACCGUACCACACCACCGGAAGCUGCACAAAAUGGGCAGUCGCCAAUGGCUGCUUUAAUAUUGGUGGCUGAUAACGCUGGUGGUAAUCAUGCUUCAAAAGAUGCUAACCAGGUUCAUUCUACAACUAGGAGAAAUAGUAACAGUCCACCAUCACCUUCCUCUAUGAACCAAAGAAGAAUGGCAGCGAGGGAUGUGCCAAGUCAACUUCCUAGUGGUGGAACCUCAUCCCAUGGAGGAUUGGAACAGGCACACCCCCAAAGCAUUCCUGAUUCUUCCAUACCAAACAGUAUACCAUUGUGCUGCACUCUUUGCCAUGAGCGUCUUGAGGACACACACUUUGUACAGUGCCCUUCAGUACCUUCUCACAAAUUUUGUUUUCCGUGUUCAAGGCAAAGUAUUAAACAGCAAGGAUCAUCUGGAGAGGUAUAUUGCCCAAGUGGGGAAAAAUGUCCCCUGGUGGGAUCAAAUGUACCAUGGGCCUUCAUGCAGGGAGAAAUUGCCACAAUUCUUGCUGGGGAUGUAAAAGUGAAAAAGGAGAGAGACUCUUGACUUUUUUUUUUUUUUUUUGUGCUUCGUAGCCAUCAUAAUCUCUUACUAAACCUCUUACAGUGUGUGUGAUUAUUGAGAUAUAUAUAUAUAUAUAUAUAUAUAUAUAUAUAUAUAUAUAUAUAUAUAUAUAUAUAUAUAUAUAUAUAUAUAUAUAUAUUAGUAUAUCACACACACAAUGUAGACUGCAUAAACAUGGCUGUAUAAUUUUUAAUUUUUGAAUACAUUGUGUUUCUAUUUUUGAAAACAAAGGUAUGUACUGAUCAGAAAGGUAUUCUUUGCUAAUGUUAUUUGCAAGUAUUUGUUCUUAUCCAGUGACAGUUACUGUUCAGUGUAGGCUGUGACUUGAGAUGCUUUUUAGAGCACUUGGAAAAACAGAAAUGCUUUUAGCUGUAUUUGUAUGCACUUGUUAAAAAUGCCAAAUACAUUUUAUGACAUUGUAAAUUGUCUCUGGUUACUCAUUUUCUUUGAGAUUAAGCUUUUUUAAUUGUAAAAUUUAUUGAUGUAACUUGAACCACUGGGUGAUGUUUAUUAAAAAAAAAUACUGUUCACCAAA